CCUAAUUAUGUUAAAAAUAACAUAUAAUCAAGUGUUUUUUUUUUAAUGAUCUAAUCUAUGGAUAUUUUGAUGAAGUGUACCGAUUAUGUGACACUCAUUUUGUUGCUUUGCAAACAAUACAUAUAUUAUCGUCAUGAUUCUUACAGGCUUUUUGUGUUUUUUCGCAACCCUCAUUUGCGUGAAAGGGCAGCAAGUUACCAUACCCAAUGGGGUGAUCCAGGGAAGGCAAGAAUACUCGCAAAGAGGAAUAUCCUUCUUCGCUUUUCAACAAAUACCUUUUGCUAAACCACCAAUUGGUCCUCUCAGAUUUAAGGAACCCGUACCAGCAGAACCUUGGGAAGGUGUUCUCGAUGCCACUAAAAAUGAUAAAAUGUGUUUCCAACAAAGCAACAAUACAAAUCCAUUAGAAAAUGAAGAUUGCUUGUAUCUAAACGUUUACACUCCCAUAGAACCGUCUACAAACGUGUCUUUACCGGUAAUGUAUUACAUUUACGGAGGUGGAUUCGUUAAUGGAGUUGGUAAUUUUGAUAAUGUUGGACCUCAUUAUUUUAUGGAGCAUGAAAUUGUUGUGGUUACUAUUAAUUAUAGAGUUGGAGCAUUUGGAUUUCUUUCUACUGGAGAUACAGUAAUUCCAGGUAACUACGGUCUCAAAGACCAACAAUUAGGCCUGAAAUGGGUACAAGAAAAUAUAAAAUAUUUCGGCGGAGAUCCAUCAAAAGUCACGAUUUUCGGUCAAAGUGCAGGAGGUGCAUCAGUUACUUUCCAGAUAAUGAGUCCAAAAUCACAAGGUUUAUUUAGAGCCGGAAUAUCUCAAAGUGGCUCCACUCUCUGUCCAUGGGCAUAUCAAAGGCAUCACAAGGAUAUUGCUUACUCCUUAGCAGGUUAUUUGAAUCCAAAUUUCAAUCCUAACACCAGUUCAAAAGAGUUGUUGGAAUAUCUGCAGAGUGUUCCAGCUAAAACGUUGAAUGAUGCAGCUUCGGUAGAUUUUCCAACAAUUUGGUACAAUAAUCAAAUAAUUCAAGGUUUUGUGUUUACUCCAGUGAUCGAACCAGAACAUGAAAAUGCUUUUAUCACUGAAAGGAUGUACGAUGCCCUGGAAAAUGGACAAAUGCAAAAAGUACCGUUGAUGAUUGGUAUUUGUUCAGAAGAGAUGAUCUGGGAUGCCUCUGACGUAGAUGGAUUCUGCACUUGGACUACUAGGGCCGUAGAUAACAAUGUCACUCUUUUGGUUAACGAUAAUAUGCAAUUGACUGAUGAUGAUCAAAGACAAAACGCAGGAGAAGCAAUUAAACAAAUCUAUACAGAUAGCUCGUUUCAAGAACAUCCUGGGAAACUAAUACAGUUCUUCAGUGAUACAUCAUUUGGAAGACCAAUUAUCCAUCAUGCUAAGGUUCAGUCUAGAUUUAGCGAUGUAUAUUUCUACCAAUUUUCUUACGUAGGCAGUAUGCCUGGGGAACACUCAUACGUUCCAGAAGCAAAUAGAGUAGCUCAUGGUGAUGAUAAUUCUUACUUAUGGGUAUAUUAUAAUAAUUCAAAUUUAAAUACAAUGCCUGAAGAUGAUAUUUUGACUAGUGAAAGAUACGUAACUUUGUUUACCAAUUUUGCCAAAAACUUAGAUCCGGUUUCCGAGAAAACUGACAUAUUAGGGAUUAAUAAAUGGCCGAAAUUGGAAUCAAACGAGUUCCAAUAUUUAGACAUUAAUACGACGUUAACCAUAAAGAAAGAUCUCAAAAAAUCAGUACACGAUGGAUGGGUACAAGUUUACAAUACAUUAGCUGUUAAACCGUUCGAUACUUUUUAAAAUAAGCAUAGAUUCGUUUAAAAAUAUUUUGUCUUCUUUCAUAAUAAAAUAUCAAUAUUAUUAAUAUAUUAUAGUACUUAUAUAUUCGUGUUACGCAUACAACUAGUAUAUAAUUGAAAAGAUGGCAACAGGUUAACAGUCAGUCGUCGAAUAGAAAUAGAAGAUCGUGGUGGAAAUUACUGAAAUUAGGCAAACCGAAUGCCAGUCACAUAGGCAGACAGCAUAACGUUAGCGAGGGUUGCAAUAUUCUAUUAACAAUAUUCUAUUACCCUGACACUUUGCCCGCCAUUUUGUAAUAUUAUUCGUUAACUUUUUGAUAAAUGUAAUUUCAAAACACUUAUAGAGAUUUUUACUAGCUCAGUGAAAUUUAAUAGCAAAUGUUACUUACCUUAAAAAUUAAAAAAAUAAAUGAGCACAUUGACCAUACUUUUCUCUGUCGUGAAUUCGGCUUUUCAAAUAGACAAUUUUAAGGGUAGUAAUUUCUCUAGGAAAUGUUGG